AUGGACCGGAACUCAGUGUCUGAAUUAGAGAAAAUCAACAAAAGUCCCGUUGAAAAUGGAAGCGAUGUGACGAAAGAGGAUUAUUAUUCAAAAGAAAAUAACCCUUUUCGAAGACAGGCUUUUAUAGUACUCGGCACAUUUUUGUUGUCACUCAGCGCAGGUGCAACGGCAGGGUUUUCUGCAGUCCUUAUUCCGCAAAUACAACACGCAAAGGGACAUAAAAAAUACUCUACCGAGAUGGUGUCUUGGGUAGCGGCUAUUUCGUCACUGGCUUUAUUAUUCGGUAACAUGAUUUCGGGAUAUCUAAUGGAUAGAUUGGGUAGAAGAUCAUCUCAAAUGAUACUUUCAUUGUUUUAUAUCGGAGGAUGGACAACAAUAGCAAUUGCGACUAAUAUACAUCUAAUUUUGGUUGGAAGAUUUAUAACUGGCCUUUGUCAGGGAUGGUUGGGUCCCCUUGGGCCAGUUUUUGUGGGAGAAAUAAGUUCGCCGGCAUAUAGAGGUUUGUUCUUAGCAAGCUUGUCAUUGAGCAUUGCUUUCGGAGUGUUCAUGUCACAUCUAUUUGGAACGUUGCUGCACUGGAGUCAUGCAUCUUUGCUUUGUGGAACUUUUCCUCUAAUUGGAUGCAUUAUACUGUAUUAUGCCCCAGAAUCACCAGUGUGGUUUGCCUCAAAGAAUCAAAUAAGCAAGUGUAUUUAA